AUGGAAUUCUAUCCUACAGAAAGCAUUACCCAGGUUGACCAAAAUGAUGAAUGGUCAAUGGAAUAUCCACUCCUUACAUGUGGAAACUGGUCAGGUUCUGGCCUUACUCCUUCUGACAGCAACUGGGCAGCAUCCACGACUGAGUUGCAAAAUACGGACUUUCCACAUAUCGAGUACUUUAGCGUUGAUAUGGCAGAAAAGGUUUUUUAUGAUUCUUACAUUCCAUUCAGAGCGCAGGUUGAAGAACCACUAAAGCCUGUUAUCGAAGAUAGCGUCAUUACGGACACCUCACAGCAGUCAAAGCCAAAGCUUUUACGUAGGUCUCUUACUCCUAUGGCUAAUUCAGAACCUCCAUCCGCGCCUUCUAUAGGACCGAAGCCAGUUCCGAAGCAACUAUUAUCACAAGACACUUCUGUACAGCAAACGUGCCGAUCUACCCACUUCGGUAAGAAAGAUGAUCCAACAAUCCACAUUCUGCAGAAAAGAAGGCACAAUCAAGUUGAGAAGCGCUACCGAGAGAAUCUAGAUGCUAGAUUCAAGCAACUCGAUAAUGCCAUCAGACAAGGAACUGCAGCUGCAGGCUCUGAUGCUAAGUCUGCGAAGGGAAGGAGACCGGGUAGAAAAGCAUUGAUACUUCAGAAUGCCUAUGAUCAUAUUGUCGGUCUCCAGACUAAGCUCCAAACAUUGCAGACGAAGAUCGAAGCGUUGCGAUGUUGA